AUGCCCGUGAAACGACGGAAGUUCCUGGUUUCCGAUGAAGAAAUUUGCCAGGUUUUAUUUGCGGACGACAGUGAUGAUGAGACAGGUCUCCAGCUAGACGACGAAGAUAUUGGGUUUUUAGAAACUGAUAUUGAUAAUGGCAUCGAAGAAAUUGAUAUCGAGCAUCCAGAAAAGAGCACUGCAUCAUACCCGCCUAAAAAACGAAGCAGGCCGACGGAAUCUCAUGAGUCUUCACACGGCCCGGUCGAGACAAUGGGCGGGAGAGGUGCUAAGACACUCAACUGGAAAAGAUUCCACAAGGCACGAAGAUUCCCAAGUGAGCAUAGCGUCCAGUACGGAGAGGUCCUCUGCAUUCCACAGUCGCAAGCGAGUGAUGUUACACCCUUGCAAGUCUUUUCUGCAGUGAUGAAUUUCGACAAGCUGUUGUCAGACGUUUUAGUAAAGGAAACCAUUCGGUACUGUGAACAGAAGGGGAGCCUUUUCACAACUUCGGAUGAUGAGAUGAGGGCCUUUCUGGGAAUGAACCUAAUUAUGAGUUACCACGUUCUGCCGGCACUGAGGAACUACUGGUCGACUCUGCCUGAUCUGGGUGUUCCAUACGUUUCCAAUGUUAUGCCACUUCACCGCUUUGAGCAAAUCAGGGGUGCCCUCCACUUUGCAAACAACGAGUGUCAGCCCGACAGACGCGACCCAAGGUUCGACAGGGCUUACAAAGUGCGACCUCUGAUCACUCACUGUAACGAAGCGUUUCAAGCGGCACUAGCCCCUACAAAGCGGCAGUCUAUAGACGAGCACAUGAUCAAAUUCAAGGGGCACAACAUCAUGAAACAAUAUAUAAAAAAUAAGCCUAUCCGCUGGGGGUUCAAGAUGUGGUGCCGCUGUGACUCUGAAACCGGAUACCUCUUUCAGUGCGACAUGUACACGGGGAAGAAGCCGGAAGGCAUGGAGAUGGGACUUGGUGAAUCUGUCGUUGUCGAGCUCACUAGUACCCUCGAAGGCCUCGGAUGCGAAUUCUUUUUCGACAAUUUCUUCCAUUCUCCAGCCCUCCAGCUUCAACUUUCUGAGAGAGACAUAAAGGCAUGUGGUACUGUACGUGCCAAUCGAAAGGGUAUGCCGAAAGCAUUUCCCAGUGACAAAGACAUGAAACGAGGGGACAUCGCAUCUUUCUCCGCUGAUGGCAUUUGUUGCGUCAAAUGGAUGGACAACCGUGCAGUUCUAAUGCUUUCGAACUUCAUUUCUCCUGUGGAGACCGUCACGGUGCAGCGGCGAUGCGCAGGUACAAAGGAAAAAAAGGUAGACGUUCGUUGUCCCCUGGUCGUGAGCGAAUACAAUAAGGGAAUGGGUGAAGUUGACCUCAUGGAUCAAAAGAAAGUGACGUAUGAAGUGGACAGACGAUCAAGAAUAAAGUACUACCUAAGGGUGUUUUUUGACCUCCUUGACAUUGGCGUCAACAACGGUUACAUUGUCUACUGCAAGAUUCAAAGCGAGAAUCCUAGCCUUUCCCCGCUUACCUCGCUAGAGUUCAGACAAGCUGUGGCGCGCUCUCUCAUUGGGAACUUUUCCGGACGUCAUCGUAGUACAGCGAGCAUUGUGCAGACCCAAAAGCGCAGUCAGGUACUCACAAGGCCAGCACCAACGUGCCACCAAAUGGCCAAGGCAUCCGCACGAAAGCGUUGUGUAAACUGUGCGAAAUCAAGGGUGGAAAAUCGCACGAUGAACUGCUGCACAACCUGCGACGUCCGCCUGUGUUUUACUACGACGAGGAACUGCUUUAUCGAGUUUCAUAACGGAGGAAAGCACUAG